AUGUCUACCUCGUCGGGGACCCCUGAGUCGUGGAUCUCAUCCUUCUGCUCCCUCCUCGGACACGAAUACUUCGCCGAGGUCUCGGAAGAGUUCAUCGAGGAUGACUUCAAUCUGACUGGACUGCAGUCGCAAGUCGCCAUGUACAAGGAGGCUCUAGAGAUGAUACUCGAUGUCGAGCCCGAGGACGACGACGAGGAUGAGGAGGAAGACGAGGAAGACGAGGAUGAGUCCAUCGAAGGUGUGGACCGAAUGCGAUCAGGAGAGCGAAGAAACCACAGCCGAAUAGCUAGUGAUCUUUCCGUUAUCGAGUCUUCGGCCGAAAUGCUCUAUGGCCUGAUACAUCAGCGAUUCAUCUGCUCACGCGCCGGUAUUCAACAGAUGUCUGAGAAGUACGAGCUUGGCCAUUUCGGCGUGUGCCCUCGCAGCAACUGCGAGCAGGCACGAACCCUUCCAGUCGGACUCUCCGAUAUUCCUGGCGAGGACACGGUCAAGCUGUUCUGUCCCGCAUGCCUAGACGUCUACGUGCCUCCUAAUAGCCGUUUCCAGACUGUCGACGGGGCCUUCUUCGGGCGAACAUUUGGUGCCCUUUUCUUACUUACUUUCCCAGAGUACGAUUUGACCAAGAGGGGCGCAGACGUUCUUGCUGGUGCCCGCAUCGCCGACGACGACAAGGAGUUGUUGAACGGCAUGUAUGUCGGAAACGUUGCUCCUGGCUUGGGAAGCAACAAGAUUUACCAGCCGCGCAUCUAUGGCUUCAGGGUCUCGGAAGUAGCUCGCUCAGGUCCCCGUAUGCAGUGGCUUCGCAACAAGCCCGACGAUAUGUCCGAAUUGGAUGAGGCCCGGCGCUACGUUGAGGAGAAUCAUGACAGCGACGAUGAGGAUGAGGGCAACACCAACCUGAGUGGGAGGCCGAUCCGUCGGCUACGCGCCAGAAGACGCAAUGGCCAAGGAGGCAGUCCCAUGGCAGUCGAGACGAACGGUGCCGAGUCGGAGCUUUAG